AUGUCCAGCAUGUGGGUGGAGCAGGCCGCCCCACAGGAGGCCAGGUUUCGGACAGACCUCUACAAGUCCAGCCUUGCUUUAGUCUUUGCCACCAAAGAAGUCAAUGAAAACCCAGAUCUUCUGCCUAACAUCACACUGGGGUUUCAGAUGUAUGAUUCAUGCUUCUUUGAGGCCUCUGCUCUGCAAGCAACUAUCCAGGUGACGUCAGGGGAUCGACACCGCAUCCCAAAUUACAACUGUGGACCGCAACCCAUUGUCCCAGCUAUCAUUGGAGAUUUAUCAACAUCAUCAAUGGCAAUAGCAAGAGUGCUAGGGCUUUGGAAGUUGCCUCAGGUCAGCUAUAUAGCAUCUCAUCCAUCUUUAAGCAACAAGCGAGAGUUUCCCUCAUUUUUUAGAACUACGAUCAGUACUGAAAGCCAACCACAAGCUUUGAUUGAACUUUGCAAGAAAUUCAGGUGGACUUGGAUAGGGUUGCUUGUUUCCUCGUCAGACAAUUAUAUCCAAGAUGUGGUAGCUCUGAAAAGAGAGGCUGCCAAAAAUGGCAUUUGUAUUUCAUUUUUGGAGACUGUUUCAUAUGGUCGCAGUGUUAAAAAAAUGCCAAUGAUUAUAGAAUAUAUUCGUAAGUCUACAGUCAAAGUAAUUAUCCUGUACUGUUCUCCUGCAGAGGGUGACAUGAUAUUUGUGGAGGUUGUUCAACAAAACCUAACAGAAAAACUAUGGAUAGGUAUUGAAUCAUGGUACACAUCACCAGUGGUCCAGAAUAAAAAUUUCUGGAAGGUCCUUAAUGGCACUAUUGGCAUUGCAAAAAGUAGAAAUGUUCUACCACAUUUCUCCAGCUUUCUCAAUUCUCUCAAUCCUUCUGUCUAUCCAAAAAUGCUGUCUAUCACCCAGUUUUGGGGAAAUUUAUUUAAGUGUAAGUGGCGGUUGAAUGAGGGCAACACCAGUUUAUCCAGUGCAGGUGUUGCUGGUCAGACAUGUACAGGUUUAGAAAAGAUAGUGACAGAUGACAUAAGAGAAUUCAGUGACUCAACAUCACAAGCUGUGUACAUGGCCCACAAUGCUCUCUAUGCUAUUGUCCAUGCCCUGCACAGUCAGAUGUCCUGCAAGUCUGGAGAAGGUCCUUUCAAGCUGAAGUCUUGCGCUGAUAAAUAUAAUAUACAGCCUUGGCAGCUUCUCUAUUACUUGAAGAGAGUACAUUUUGUCAACACUGCUGGGAAAGAGGUAUUCUUUGAUGCCAAUGGAGAUAUCUAUGGAAACUUCGAUAUUCUGAACUGGCAUGUGGAGGGAAACCAAGGGCGUUAUGUGAAAGUUGGGUCAUUUGAUACGUUUGUCAGUGAUCGUGAGAAACUCUCCAUUAAUGAAUCUUCAAUCACCUGGGUUGGAUCACCAAACAAGGUUCCGUACUCAGUCUGUAGUGACAACUGUUCAGCUGGUUACUGGAAGGCACCACAAAAAGGUCAACCUGCCUGUUGUUUUGACUGCAUUCCUUGUCCAGAAGGAAUGAUCUCCAAUGAAACAAACUCUAUUUCUUGUUACAUUUGCCCAGAGGACCAGUGGCCAAACAAUGGGAAAAACAAAUGUGAUCCUAAAGUCAUUGAGUUCCUCUCUUAUGAGGAACCCCUUGGAAUGGUGAUGUCUUUUUUCUCCAUUCUGUUUUCAGUUAUUACUGGCUUGAUCUUCUAUAUUUUUCUCAAGUUUCGGGACACAGUGGUGGUAAAAGUCAACAAUCGGAACCUCAGCUACCUUAUCCUUCUUUCUCUAAAGUUUUGCUUUCUCUGCCCGUUGAUGUUCAUUGGCUACCCUACUAGCCUAAUUUGCACAUUCAGACAAUCUGUUUUUGGAAUCAUAUUCUCAUUUUGUAUUUCAUGUAUUUUGGCCAAAACCAUCAUAGUUGUCCUUGCCUUUAAAGCCACCAAUCCGGGGAGCAAUUUGAAAACAUGGGUUAGUUUCAAAACAGCCAUUAUCAUCAUUGUUAAUUCCACGUUCUUUCAAAUGCUCAUUAUGCUAACAUGGGUAGUUAAGUUUUCACCCUUUCUUGAACAUAAUUACCACAUCUUGGUUGGCAUCAUCCUUAUAGAAUGUAAUGAGGGUUCAGUGGUCAUGUUUUACUGCACAGUAGGAUACUUGGGUGUCUUGGCCACCAUAAGUUUUGUAGUUGCUUUUCUGGCCAGGAACCUACCAGACAGUUAUAAUGAGGCCAAAUAUAUAACCUUCAGCAUGUUAACCUUUCUUAGUGUCUGGUCAACUUUCAUUCCAGCCUAUCUCAGCACAAAAGGCAAAUAUAUUGUUGCCGUUGAAAUUUUUGCCAUUUUGCUGUCUAGUUUUGGCCUCUUGUGUUGUAUAUUUGCUCCAAAAUGUUACAUUAUCCUCCUGAAACCUUCAAUGAAUACAAGAGAAUAUUUAACUUCCAAAGCAUACAAAAAAUAA